UCUGGGUGCUUGCUAGAUCCUCACUGUUCUCAGAGUGGAAUGAGAACUCUUUUCUUUCUCAUUUCCAACAUCAGCCUUCCACUUAAUCAAACUCACUGUGAAAUUCAAUCCCUGCCCCCCAUCAAACCCCUCAGCUAUGCACUUUUCCCAAGCAAGGUGGCUCAGAUUACUGGGCGCCAUGUCACCACUGCGCGCGCGGUUAAAGUGGACUUGGUCUUCCCUUGCAAUGAAACAUAUUCACCAGCUGAAUGGUUCCCUAUUGUAUUUGCUGUGCAGAACCUACAGAGUGCAGAACUCCUCAACCCUCACAAAUGAGGGGUAAUCUUGGGAGUGUGAAUUCGAUGCAGAUGCUCAGCU